AUGGCGCAAGCCGCCAAGCAGCUCCGUAAGACCAAGGACCUCGCAGAGGCCGCCGCCCAGGAGCAGCGGGAGAAGGAGGAGGAAAAGAUCAAAAAGAGGAACCGCUCCAGGGACCGCAGGCGCAAGGCGGAUGCAUCCACCAGCUUCCUGCGUGCCGCUCGUUCCGGUAACCUGGACAAGGCUCACGAUCACCUGAAGAACGGCCUCGACAUCAAUUCAUCCAAUCAAAAUGGUCUCAACGGGUUACACCUGGCUUCUAAAGAAGGCCACGUUAAAAUGGUCCUGGCACUGCUGCACUCUGGCAUCAAGCUGGAGGCCACCACCAAGAAAGGGAACACAGCUCUCCAUAUCGCGGCGCUGGCAGGGCAGGAGAAGGUGGUGGCUGAGCUCGUCAACUACGGAGCUAACGUUAAUGCCCAGUCACACAAAGGGUUCAGUCCUCUCUACAUGGCAGCACAAGAGAAUCACCUAGAGGUGGUGAAGUUCCUGCUGGAGAACGGAGCCAAUCAGAGCCUCCCAACAGAGGACGGCUUCACUCCCCUCGCAGUAGCUCUGCAGCAGGGCCAUGAAAAUGUCGUUGCACUGCUCAUUAACUAUGGCACCAAGGGCAAGGUCCGGCUCCCCGCCCUGCACAUCUCCGCUCGUAACGACGACACACGCACCGCCGCUGUGCUCCUGCAGAACGACCCCAACCCGGACGUGCUCAGCAAGACUGGGUUCACACCCCUCCACAUUGCAGCCCACUAUGAGAACAUGAGCGUCGCCCAGCUGCUGCUGAACAGAGGAGCCAAUGUAAACUUCACCCCCAAGAACGGCAUCACGCCCCUUCACAUAGCCGCCAGGAGGGGCAACGUGAUGAUGGUCAGACUGCUGCUGGACAGAGGAGCUCAGAUUGAUGCCGUGACAAAGGAUGAGCUGACUCCACUCCACUGUGCCGCCAGGAACGGUCAUGUUCGCAUUAUCGAGUUCCUGCUGGAACACGGUGCUCCCAUCCAGGCUAAAACCAAGAAUGGUCUCUCCCCCAUCCACAUGUCAGCUCAGGGGGAUCACAUGGACUGUGUCCGGCAGCUGCUGCAGUACAACGCUGAGAUUGAUGACAUCACGCUGGACCACCUAACCCCUCUUCAUGUAGCAGCCCACUGCGGGCACAGCCGGAUGGCCAAAGUCCUUCUGGACAAGGGGGCCAAAGCCAAUGCAAGAGCUUUGAAUGGCUUCACACCUCUCCAUAUUGCCUGCAAGAAGAACCACAUGCGGUCCAUGGACCUGCUGCUCAAGCACUCCGCUUCCCUAGAAGCUGUCACGGAGUCUGGUCUCACUCCUCUUCAUGUAGCAGCAUUCAUGGGCCAUCUGAACAUAGUGAAGAACCUGGUCCAGAGAGGGGCUUCACCUAAUGCUUCCAAUGUGAAAGUGGAGACUCCCCUCCACAUGGCCUCCAGGGCAGGACACUGUGAAGUGGCUGCGUUCCUGCUGCAGAACGCAGCACAAGCGGAUGCCAGAGCUAAGGAUGAUCAGACACCUCUACACUGUGCGGCCCGCAUGGGCCACAAGGAACUUGUCAAGCUGCUUCUUGAGCACAAAGCCAGCCCCGACGCAGCUACUACUGCGGGCCACACGCCCCUACACAUCUCUGCUCGGGAGGGACACGUCCACACCAUCCGGAUCCUGUUGGACGCUGGGGCGCAGCAGGUCAAGAUGACAAAGAAAGGCUUCACUCCCCUCCACGUGGCCUCUAAAUACGGGAAGGUGGACGUGGCCGAGCUCCUCCUGGAGAGAGGGGCCAACCCUAACGCUGCUGGGAAGAACGGUCUGACACCCCUUCAUGUGGCAGUCCAUCACAACAACCUGGAUGUUGUUAGACUCCUGGUCAGCAAGGGAGGAUCUGCACACAGCACUGCCCGAAAUGGUUACACUGCCCUGCACAUAGCGGCCAAGCAGAACCAGAUGGAGGUGGCAAGUUGUCUGCUGCAGAACGGGGCGAUAACAAACGCUGAGUCGCUCCAAGGCAUCACGUCCCUACACCUGGCUGCUCAGGAGGGGCGGCCCGACAUGGUGGCGCUGCUCAUCUCAAAACAGGCCAACGUGAAUCUGGGAAACAAGAAUGGGUUGACCCCUCUGCAUCUUGUGGCUCAGGAAGGUCAUGUGGGAAUCGCUGACACGUUGGUCAAACAGGGAGCUUCUGUUCACGCUGCGUCACGGAUGGGAUACACACCCCUGCAUGUGGCCUGUCACUAUGGCAACAUCAAAAUGGUGAAGUUUCUUCUGCAGCAGCAGGCCCAUGCGAAUUGCAAGACGAGGAUGGGCUACACUCCCCUGCAUCAGGCGGCUCAGCAGGGUCACACUGACAUAGUCACCCUGCUGUUGAAACAUGGAGCGCUGCCCAAUGAGAUUACCACGAAUGGGACGUCUCCCCUGGGUAUCGCUAAGCGGCUGGGCUACAUCUCUGUCAUCGAUGUGCUCAAACUGGUUACCGAGGAGUCUGUCUCCGCGAUCACCACGGAGAAGCAUCGCAUGAGUUUCCCUGAGACAGUGGAUGAGAUUCUGGAUGUUUCAGAGGACGAAGGGGUUGCCCAGCUAACUUUAGGAGACGAGUUGCUCGGGAUGGAUGGAGGACGCUAUUUGAAGCUUGACGACUUCAAGGACCAGGAUGACGACUUCCUCUCCCCGAAGAAAACCUUCAGAGACUUCGAGGGCGGCAUGGGAACAUCGCCCUACUCUCCUGGUAUUCCCAGAAUCCCUUGUGUGUCCCCGGAGACUGUACUGCUGGAUCAGCACACCCCCAUCCCCCUGCCAAAGGAGUACGAUGACGACUCUCUCAUCCCGAGCAGCCCGGCUACAGAGACUUCAGACAACGUCAGCCCCGUGGCCAGCCCCAUUCACACCGGCUUCCUGGUGAGUUUCAUGGUGGACGCUCGAGGAGGCUCCAUGCGAGGCAGCAGACAUCACGGCCUGCGAGUCAUCAUCCCGCCGCGCACCUGCACCGCGCCGACACGCAUCACCUGCCGCCUGGUCAAACCUCUGAAACUGACCACGCCCCCUCCGCUGGUGGAGGGGGAGGGGCUCGCUAGCCGUAUCAUCUCCUUAGGGCCGUCCAGUAUGCAGUUCCUUGGGCCAGUGAUAGUAGAAAUCCCUCACUUUGCCUCUCUGGGCCGAGGGGACCGGGAGCUCGUGGUCCUCCGCAGCGAAAACGGCUCGGUCUGGAAGGAGCAUCGCAAUCGCUAUGGUGACGAAGUGCUGGAAACUAUCCUGAAUGGCAUGGAUGAAGACCUCGAGAAUCACGAUGAGCUGGACAAGAAGAGAAUCCGUCGGAUCAUCUCCACUGACUUCCCCCUCUACUUCGCCGUGGUCUCCCGCAUUCAGCAGGAGAGCGAUCUGAUUGGUCCAGAGGGCGCUCGGUUGACCAGUAAGCUAGUACCACGAGUCGAGGCCAUCUUUCCUGAGACGGCCGUCACCAAGAGAGUGAGACUGGGGCUGCAGGCGCAGCCAAUCCCUGAUGAACUGCUGACUCAGCAGCUUGGCAACCAGGCGACCUUCAGCCCAGUUGUCACCAUCGAACCACGGCGACGCAAAUUCCACCGUCCAAUCGGGUUGCGCAUCCCUCUGCCACCAUCCUGGCGGGAGAGUCCUCGAGAUGCUGGGGAGGGCGACACCACCAGCCUGCGCCUCCUCUGCAGUGUCAUCGGUGGCACAGCUCCAGCUCAGUGGGAAGACAUCACUGGAACCACGAAGCUAAUGUACGCACACAGCUGUGCCAACUUCACCACCAACGUUUCUGCAAGAUUCUGGCUGGCAGACUGUCCGCGCACGGCAGAGGCAGUGACCUUUGCCAAUUUGCUGUACCGCGAGUUGAUGGCUGUUCCAUAUAUGGCCAAGUUUGUUGUUUUUGCUAAGAUGAAUGAAGCACGUGAGGGACGCUUGCGUUGUUACUGCAUGACAGAUGACAAGAUGGACAAAACACUGGAGCUGCAUGAAAACUUCACCGAAGUGGCCCGCAGUCGAGACAUAGAGCUUAUGGAGGGCAUGCCGCUUCACCUAGAAUGUUCCGGAAACCUGGUGCCCAUCAGGAAGGCCACGCAGCAGCCUCGCAGCUUCAGCUUCCAGGCCUUCAGAGACAACCGGCUGCCCGUCUCCGUCAAGGUCAGAGAUAGUAACAAGGAAGCCAAUGGGUUUCUCUCCUUUCUGCGGAAGUGCACCAAGUACGAGGACACACAGCACGUUCUGUGUAACCUAAACAUAACCAUGCCACCCUGUGUCAAGGUUGUUGGAAGUGAGGAGCGCAGGCGGACCCUGACCCCCCUCGCCCUGAGGGAACGCUACAGCGCGCUGAACGAGCCCGGUGUGGCCACAGUGAAUGCCAUGGAGAGGACUGAGCUCAAGAUCAACCUCAUAUCUGAACAGCUGGGUCUGAGCUGGGCAGAGUUGGCACGUGAGCUUCAGUUUGGUGUGGACGACAUUAACAGGAUCCGUGUGGAGAAUCCUAACUCGCUGCUGGACCAAAGCUCCGCCCUGCUUAACCUGUGGGCCGGCAGGGAAGGCAAAAGAGCCAAGAUGGAGAGCCUCUACACGGCUCUGAAGAACAUCGAUCGUGCCGACAUCAUGACCUCUCUGGAGGGUCAGCCUCAACAGCUGGUGCCCGGGUCUUUAGAGGUGGGGGCCUGCCGACUCAGCGACCGCGACUCCACCCUGCUGUCCCCCAGCGUCCUCAAUGAGGUCACGGACAAAAGGCCAACGCGCCAUGUGCGCAAGCCCCGAGUUAUUAGACCCCCGUUUUUCAGAAGGGGUUAUGGGCUGGUGCAGGAUGAGAUGAUGUCCCCGGCCUCCAUGCAGUACAGCCUGCCCUCCCCUCUGGGAGCAGAGCCCUACUGGCAGGAAGUCUCCAGCCUGGAGUGCGCCCCCAUCGCCACCACCGAAGAAGACACGUUAAUGGAGAUGUCCGACGUUCAGGUGUGGCCCGCGGGGGUCAGCCCCUCAUUAGUCACAGUGGAGGACUCCUCAUUGGAUGGCAGCAGUCGUGCCGACGACUCGGAGGGCACCACGCUCUCCCUUCCCUACAGCUUGGGGCGCCCAAGCAGCGGGGCCAGCGGCUCCAUCAUGGAGCUGGAGGAGGAGGAGGAAGAGGAUGAGGAUGAGGAAGGGGAGGUUGAGGAGGAGGAGGAGGAGGCGCCACAGGAGCCAGCAACUGCUCUGGCAGAAUGGGACAGGGUGAGGGCCAGUGGCGCCGUGCCCAAGGUCAACCUGAACGGCCAGCUGGGAGGUCAGAGGUCUGACGGGAGGAGAGGGGAGGUCCUCGCAGUAGGAGGAGGAGGAGGAGAUGUAGGGCUGGGUUCAGUGGAAGGGCUUUCUGUCGUUGCAGGCCAGCAGGUGUACGCCCAGCGGACUGAGAUCUCGGGACUGAGUCGAGGGUCGGACCACAACGGGGAUAACCGGAUGGUGGGAGGCGGAGCGUUUCAGCCUUACCUGGCAGACAAGGACUCGCUGCAGGGCUGGGGGGGCUCGGUGUCGUCGGGGCAGGACGGCAGCGUGCAGGAGGCUCUGCUGACCCCGAGAGAAGAGAAAAAGGACUAUGCUGCCGAGGUGCGGUUUGUAGACGAACACGGACGCACGCUUGCCAGAAAGGUGGGGGUGGAUGAGAGAAAGGGCGCUCAGUCAGCGCAGCGCACCAUUCUGCGGAGAGUUAAACACUGAAAUACAAAUACUGCCCGGUCCUCCAGGACCGGAAAGCCACUGCCAAAUCAUCCUCCAAAACACAACCAGAGCGCAGAUGGAAAUGAGAGGAAGGGGAGAGGAAGGGGAGACAAAGACUUAAGAAGUGCAAACUACAAAAUGACAAACACAGAAACAUCCUCAACGUGUGACCAUGGAGCUCCAUGAAAGAAAAGUUCAACUUGUAGUUUUAUAACAUUUGUAAAGAAAAAUAUCAACUAGACUAAGGCAUGAUUCUUCUUCUUCUUCUUCUUCUUCUUUUUUUUACAAAAAAACAUAAAUGUCAGUAAAACAACCGAGAAAAAAAAACAAAACAAAAAGUGCUUCCUGUAAACUGUAAUCGCAUGAUGACUGCUGGUGCAUGCCCUUUGACCUUUUGAACUGUCAUUAUCUACAAACUGAAGGGGUACAAGGUACGGGGCUGGCCCACGCUGGGGCCUUUUUUAAGGACCCUAUUCCCGCCAACAGGAGUUGUGUGUGUCGGCAAGUUGAGUCCAAUAACACCAACAAAAAAAAAAUCGAUCCCUCGAUGGACGGUUCCGUAUACAGCUAAGCUCAUGCUGAGCCUACUGAUGCUUAUUUCACUGUCCCCUAUUAUUCUCAAUGUGAUAUGCACUCUAUGCUACGUGGACAUGUGUCAGUGUGUGUGUAUGUGUGCGCGUAUUCUCUACCGCAUGUGUUUCUUGGCUUGGAGCGGAACAAGAAAAGCCGCCGUGCUCUGCUCCCCUGCCCCCCGCUCGUGAGUGUACCUGUCUGGGUGUGCUGCUAACGUCUUUUCCUUUGUGGAUGAAGCUUGUGUGUUUUUCCGUUCCUUCGGUCCACCUUGGUUUUUAAAGUAUUUGUCCGACCAAUGUGAGGAACAUGUUGCCCGUCUUUGGAUAGGGGUUGGUUGCUUGAUUGUAUUGUGCAGCGGCUCGACGUCACAAAGAUUUCCUCCAUCGUGACCUUUUUCUAACUUCUUCCGUCAUUUCUCCAAGUAGCGCGCGGUAUCUUGAUCCUUAUCAGUAGCCUCAGUCAAUAUGCAGUUUUAAAAAAUCACAGGCCUCUUAUCAGCAUUUAUUAGCUCCUACAUUUAACGCUGAAAACGUUGCAUGUGCUCCCUCUUUAUCUGUUUGAAACAGCUGUAGCACCUCACCGUCAAAAUGUACAUUCAUUCAUUCAUUUGAACACAGUGGUUGCAUCGUAAAUAAGGAUUAACCUGAGGGUACAGGGAUUUGUAGUUCAAUGGUAGCAGGCGUAAAAUAGCAUCUUGCUACGAGAGUACAACAUGGGAUUGUGACGGGCAGCGGGGACAGACAGGUAGCACUGUGAUUGUCUUAUUAACACUGACCCCAGACUCGUGAACUGUGAAGACACACAAACAAAAGCACACGCACAUAAUCAGAAACAUGUGACACAAAAUAAAACGUAUUGCCUAGUCGGAGAGUGUCCGAUUUUGGAGUUUGCCACAGCAAUAAUACUUAGCAAGAACAAUGAAGAUGCUAGCCAGGGUUCUGGAAAUACAUGAUUUGGAACGGUGUCGAUGACUACAUCUCUGAAAAAGCAUUUGAGUUAUGCAUCAGUCAGAUACAGCUCUAGCAUGAGAGGGAUUCUUUGUUUUUCAGCACCUAACGUAGCAAAAAUUAAAUCAGGAUAUGUUACCGUACCGAAAAAAAAUUGUCUGCUGCCGUAACUUAGCUCCAUUUGUUUUUUUUUUAUUAAUUUAUUUAUUAUGUUCAUACACUGACGUCACUGCAAACCGCCCAUCGUCCUCUUCAUCUCCAAAGCACUUCCUUUAUGCAGAAACCUGACGGGGUCGUAUACCAUAGUAGCACAUUUAAUGGGACAAUAUUGAAGUACUGUAAAUGCUACUGUAGCCUGAAUGAGUGAGACGCCGAUUGAAUGAAUGAAUGAACGAGUUCAUUAGUUCUACAUCACACAAAUGCACAUGUUUGCAUGCCCUGUCCGUGCACACAAGAGCAUCAUUUGAUAUAGCACAUGUUUAUAGGCUAUCACACAUUUCCCACUGUUACUCCACUCAGGUUUUCCGUUCUGCUCGGUCAGAAUCAAAAUGUUUUCCUUUUUAAGUUCCAAGUCCUCCUUUCACAGACGAGUGAGGGGCACAAAGCGAGUGUUUCUGAGGAAGACGUUGGUGUUUUGUAUGGGCGGGAUAGGGGUGUAAAGGAGGGGGGCAGGAUGGUGUGUGUGUGUGUGUGUGUGUGUGAUGGAGAGCUCUUUGAUUCAAGUAAGAAAAAGAGGAGACGAAGCAUUCAGUAUGUAGUCAGUAACCUCUUCCAACAGGAAAGUUUCAUUAAAUGAAUGUUAAACAUUAUUUCCUUUAUCGUCUGCAGUACUUAAAGUGUUUUAUUUAAGUUAGCUGUACUAGCAUUAUGCAUCUAAAGUGACGAGUUACCUUCUCACCUCUUGUACUGUAUCAGCGCAAGAAGGGAGUUAGAUUUGGGGAUGUUAAAGACAAUUUAAUUCAUCUUGUGUUAAGGUAAUAAUCCUUACAAUUUCGAGAUUUAAACCCCAAAUGGUAUAAUAUAUUUGUGUCAUGUUUAGCAUGUAGAGUUUUCCUAUAGUUGCUUUCUUUAUUGGUGGAUUUGACAGCAUUAAAUCAGUAUUACAGUCCGUUGACGCUGUGGACAUUUCUCUCCAUUAAUAUGAUCAGCUUACAGUUUUAUAGUCCUUUACAUUGUCGAUAUUGACAAAGUAGCCACCAAGACUACAAUUUAAAAAUGUCUCUGGGGAAAGCUUUAAAACUUAUUUUGACUUUCAUGUUGGACAUAAAAUGUAAAAAAAAACUACUUAUAACAAGAAAACAUUUUCUUUGCUGGUUUAUGAGAAAAGUAUUAGAGAAGGGAUUCUGUCUAUCAGGUGUGGUACCUGUACGCUCAAAUGUAGUUGGUAUUAAUCCAUUUUGAAAAUUAGAAGAUAUUCGAUGUGGCCACCCAAAAAAGAUUUAUGGCUGAAGUUUAUUUUAAUGUAAUUCUUCUGCUUCCUUCCUGAACGAUAACUUAGAUUUGCAAUUUGAAUCAAACAAGUCAGUGAGCCUUUGUACUAACAUCAGUACAACUCCACCGUGUGUGUGUGUGUGUGUGUGUGUGUGUGUGUGUGUGUGUGUGUGUGUGUGUGUGUGUGUGUGUGUGUGUGUGUGUGUGUGUGUGUGUGUGUGUGUGUGUGUGUGUGUGUGUGUGUGUGUGUGUGUGUGUGUGUGUGUGUGUGUGUGUGUGUGUGUGUGAUGGUGUUUGGUUUGAAACCUUGUUGGAUCAGGGGGAGGAAAAGAGAGUUUUUACCAGGCUUGUGACCUGAGAGGACGUGUAACCUAUGGCGAUGUAUUUAAAAAAAGAGUAUUGUAAAAUUAACUGUGGCGAAAGAAUAGAGGUCACCUAUACUCCUUUAGAAUGGAUACAUGACAAUGUAAACGCAAUAUCAUAUUAAUCUAUCCUAAGGAAUGCAACUGCGCACAUGCGGAAAAAAAAUCUGUUUUUAUGAAAAUAUGUGUAUAAAUAUAUGACAAAAUAUAUUUAAUUAGAAUGCUAUGCACCCUCAUAGAGUUGUUAUGGAUGUUCUUUAAGCAUUAUCUAGAGUAGGCCAACGCCCACAUCAUGGGGAAUGUAGAGGCUUCGUAGCUAUGACCACUUGUUUUCUUUUCUUUUGUAUUGUCCUGGAGAGAGGAUAAACAAACGUGAAUAUGUAUACAAGCCUUUCAAUCAGAAUCAUUCUGACAUAUGUAUAGAUCAUCUUACCCUGUACACCAGCUCAAACCAUUUACAAGACUUAAUAAACAAAGAUGUGACAUAAA